AUGCCGCCGCCGGCGACGCUCGCCGCCAGGCCGCCGCGUCCACGCCUCGCCAAGCCACUGGCCACGUGCGCCACCCGCGCCGCAGACACACACGCACCCUGCGCCGUCACCCUGCCACCCCCGCUCGCGCCCACGCCAACGCCGCUGGCCAAGCUCGCGCCCGCGCUCCCCCGUGCCCACGCUCGCUCCCCGACGCCACGCUCGCCGCCCCCACAAGCCCGCGGGCUCACCACCCCGCCUCCCGCGCUCGGCCAGCGCACAAACGGCCCCGACACCGAUGCCGACGCCCGCGCCCACGCUCGACACGCCAUUGUCGACGCCCGCGCCUGCACUCGACACGCCGUCGCCCGCGCUCGCCACGCCGAGGGCCUCCCUCGUCACCGCUCGCCGCGCCGAGGGCCACGCCACCCCGAGCUUGCCGCGCCGAGGGCCACGCCACCCCGAGCUCGCCGGCGCACGGGCGGGGUUGCGACGCCACCUCCGUCACCCUGCACGUCGCCAUGGCCGCCGGCUAAGCGGGCCGCCGCCCACGCUCGGCAAGCCGACAGCCCACGCUCGCCGGGCCCACGCCAGCCGGCCGCCGCGCCCACGCUCGCCGCGCUCCGCUCCCACGCCGGCACCGAGCCGGCCCGCCACGACCCCCCGCAGCCCGAUGGGACGCGGCUGCCCGAGGCCCCUCCGCCCGAGGCUCGCCGCCGGCCCCCUGCGCCGCCGCAGGCUGGGCUCGGGCAUCGCCGCCGAGACGUGGCCCCGCUGCAGGCCAAGCCCCGGCCGCCCUCCACCCCGGCAGCCCCGGCCGACCUCCUCCUGUCUCAACCCCGCCGGCCCCGGCCACACUCCACACCGCCGGCGCCCGCUGACCUCCUCCCGCCUCUACGCUGGUGA